GUGGAAAAUCUGGACGAACAUUAUCCGCGUGAAUGCGCUUUUCUUGUCUAUUGUGAUGCUCGUUUCACGCCACUUGCCGUAACUCGUGAAUUAGCAAAAUCUUUGAAUGUGGACAUACAUCACAUUGAAUCACACGAAUCAUCUUGGGGUAUCUGCAAAAAAUUACAUCGUUUUCAUGUUGAUUAUGAUCCGGGUAUUGUUGCUCUUAUCUCCGGUGCCUCAGCAGCUUACGGUCCAGUACUUACAAAACUUAGCCGUUGCGGUUGGCGUAUUCAGUUGUUUUAUCCAGAAAAUACGCCAAGAGAAUACGUGGAUUACGGUGAUCAUAAUUGGUCGAUUGAACGUCUAUUUGAUGGAGGAACUGGAAAUAUUAAUAUUAGCGUAAAUUUCCCGCAUACGGUAUAUUUUUUGGUAAGUGAACUGUGCAGCAGUGAUGAAUCAUUUGGUUUCCUCAGCAAUGUUACCGAACAAUACGAAUCCAAUGUUAUCUAUUUUAAUGAAAAAGCUGCUGAAGCGGUUAUUGAACUGAAGACGUUUGAUGUUGAAAG